GAGAGUGAAAGAAAGCGCCCACACACACUAACACUAACACAAAGUGGGAGAGAGAGAGAGAGAGGGGAUGGAAAUGGCGGAUGAGCUGGGGCACUUGCUGGUGUUCGGGUUCCUCUUCAACCUGGGCGUUUACAUGGUGGCGCCGGCGAUGACCGACGUGACCAUGGACGCCCUCUGCCCCGGCCAGGACGAGUGCUCCCUCGCCAUCUACCUCACCGGCCUCCAGCAAGCCCUGCAGCUGCAUGGCACCUUCUAAGUUCUAACUGGGCCAUAUGUAGUUCAAUAUUACCGUGUAAUUUUAGUGGUUUUUUUUCUGCGGCAGCUUUUAGUUCUAUUUUUCUUUUUAUUUUCCGUGUAACUGGACCUUCUUUUCUGUGUUUUUUUAACUACACCUUUUGAUUUUACACGGAAAUAUUAAUUGUAUAGAGAUUGAAAAUCGUCCAAACAAAAAAAAUCCAAAAACUUAAAUAGGGGAGAAAGUUUUUUUUUUGGGGGGGGGCUGAGUAUUAAUUAAUAAUCCAGUGGUUGAGGGGGGCUUGAGUAUUAAUUAAUAAUCCAGUGUUGAAAACUGAAUUGGUUCGGUUUGUCCCGCUACUUAGCGGUGUCGGUACUCCAAGCAUUCUGGUCAGAUAGCAGAUUGUCAAAAGAAGGAAAAAGGCAUCUAGAACAUCACCGUAAAAUGUCGCACCGACCAAUAUUAAUUGUAUUAUACUCUUAGAGCAGAUACAAUAGCAAGUUAUAAGCCAGUUAUAACCAUAUAUCGAGAAGAAAAAAGAAGAGAGAGAAGAAAACGGGCUGCAGUUUAUAGCCGGCUGCAACACGACUCCAAGACGUGUGUAUGAGAGAUUACAGGGUUGGGUGCUCUUGUGGCGACUCCGAUCGUGGGCAACCUGUCGGACAAAUAUGGUCGCAAGGCGUUGUUGCUGCUCCCUGCAACUGCAUCCAUCCUUCCGUUGGUUAUUUUAGCGUGCAACCGGACGAAGGCCUUCUUCUACGCCUACUACAUCACCAGGAUGGUGACAGCCAUGGUCGCCGAGGGCAGCAUGCACUGCCUCUCGCUGGCCUACGUGGCCGACAAGGUGCCGCCGUCGCGGCGAGCGGCAGCCUUCGGCGUGUUCUCCGGCGUCUGCCUCGCCGGCUUCGUCGCCGGCACGGUGGCGGCCCGCUUCCUCGCUGUCCAGUCGACGUUCCAGGCAUGUCCGUUCGAUCCGCGUACGGGGUGGCCGCCGUGGUGGCGGCGGCGGCGGCGGUGUACAUGAGGGCGUUCGUCAAGGAGACGGACGGCGGGGCGUCGCUGCUCCGCGCCACCGCCGGCGACGAGAACUCCUCUUCCCAUCCUCUUUGCGUUCCUUCCUGUAGCAGCAGCAGCAGCCAGGACGUUGCGCCGCCGACGCUUCCGCCUCUCCGGAAAGCGCUGUCGCUGUCGGACAUGGCGGAUCUCCUUACCACCAGCUCAACCUUCUCGAGAGAAUCACUUGUCAUAUUUUUCUACAGCCUUGGAGAGACAGGCCUGCAAACUGCAAUACUGUACUUCCUCAAGGUUCAAUUCCAAUAUAGCAAGAACCAGUAUGCCAAUUUGCUGCUCGUUAUUGGCAUUGCUGGAAGCCUUUCACAGCUAGUUAUGAUGCCUAUCCUAGCACCAAAGUUGGGUGAGCAGAAGCUACUGAUUAUAGCACUUUUGGGGGGCUGCGUUCAUGCAUUCAUAUAUAGCAUAGCAUGGACGCCAUGGGUUCCUUAUCUUGGUGCAAGCUUUGUGAUUGUAAGCAUUUUGGUCAACCCUUCUAUAAGGAGCAUUGUAUCCAAACGAGCAGGGCCUUUUGAGCAGGGAAUGGUUCAAGGGUGUCUCACUGGAAUAAGCUCAACUGCAAAUGUGAUAUCGCCUAUAGUUUUUUCUCCUCUCACUGCUUGGUUCCUAUCAGAAACUGCACCUUUCAACUUCAGAGGUUUCAGCCUUGCUUGUGCUGGAUUUGCAAUGUUGAUAGCACUCACGGUGAGCAUUAAUAUGAGACCAGCAGAGCUUCAGCCAGAUAGCAAAUAGAAGAGCUAAGCACUCUAUGUUUGUGGUAAAGAACAAGAAUAUAGAUGUACAUAUGUAGUUGCUAAUGUUGUCUCUCUUUGUAAGUUAAUCCCUGGCCCUGCUGAUCAGUUGUAGGUACUUACACACAACGUGCAAUAUGGCAUAGUAGACUAAGAGGACCAAUGUACAUAGUGAUGCAAAAUAUCAGAAGUAGAGAACACUAAUGAGGCUUGUGUUAUGUUGUACUGUAACAAUAGAGUUAUCCCCUAGUGUUCCCACAAAAGAAAAAUGGCUCAUGUAUUUAAUAUAUAGCAGAUAAAUUCGAAGGUUUAUAAGAAUAUUUCAGUUCAAAUCAAUUAAUACACA